AUGGAAGACGUCGACGAUGAUGAUGCAAAGCUGCGUGCAAUGAACCAAAAAAUCCCUCCACAAGCAAGCAUCGAUCUCACACUUGCCAACUCCAAAAAUUGCGGCCUGUGUUUGAUGCUGCAUCUGCGUACCCUCUCGCUGCAUACACUCUUCACUUCCAUCCUUGUCUUCGUCGUGUCUGUACUUUUGUAUCGAGAACAGCAACGGCGUUACCACCCAUCGCCAGUGUCAGGUCUCUACAUCGGACAAGAACUUUCCGACACUGAUACCCCUUCGACCGCAUUCACGAACCUAUCGAGCUCGCACAAGAUGGCAAACGCGAGGGUCAAGGUGCUUCUCGUCAACGACGACGGUCCACCCUCGACAUCCUCGCCCCACGUAUUGGGGUUGUAUGAGGAGCUCACGGCUCUUGGUUGGGAUGUGACCGUAGUGCUACCCUCCUUCCAAAAGUCGUGGGGAUCGAUGCAGUUCUCGCUGCAAGGCCCCGUAGCAUACUGGUAUUACUACCCGAUCAAAGACAACUUCGACGGCAAACACGCCGGCACCUCCGAAUCGUGGUCGGCCACCCGUCGACCAAUCAACCGCGAACGUGGCGAGAUCGCCGAAUGGAUCCUCAUCGACGGCUCACCCACCACAGCAUCCAACUCUGGUCUGUUCAACCAGAACGCAUUCUUCGGCGAAACAGCUGCUGAACGAGAGGCACCCGCCAGCACCACCACUCCCUUCAACCUGGUCGUUUCCGGACCCAACUUCGGUAGGAACACAGGAACGGCGUUCGCCAUGUCCUCCGGGACGCUGGGUGCAGCUAUGGCGGCAGCUCUCGCGGGGGUUCGCAGCAUCGCAGUAUCGUUUGGACACUUUACCGCCAACCCACCCACUUUCGCGGAUCGAUCCAAGGCUCGUGGUCCGGGAUUGGAACCUGCCCAACUUCGAACCGUCGCUUCCACAGCGAACAGGUUCACCGCCUCGUUGAUCCAGCGUCUCUACACAAACUGGUCUCAGGAAGCAGACGUAAGGUGCUACAGCAUCAACGUUCCGCUGUGCGAGACUAUCUCUCAACCCGAAGUCGUGUGGACGAGGAUCUGGGAGAACCGAUACGGUCCGCUGUUCGCAGCCGAAUCGACGGCAACGUACCCGGCUCCUCCAGCGCCGCAACCUGCCACAGCGCCAAAACCGCAGAAUGUGCUCCACUUUGCUCCCAACAUGGCCAGCUUGUUGGGUCCCAAGAGUCUGCCAGAGGGGACCGACGUUUGGGCCAUCUUGAAUGGGUAUGUCAGUGUCACUAGAUUAAGGCCCAACUUUAUGGAGGUGGAUAGGGAAGGGAAGGGGUUGGAUGUCAAGCGGUUCGAGGAGCUCAAGUUGAAGGAAUUGCAGGAUGGGUUGGAGGUAGGGACCAGGUGGAGGUUGUAG